UUACGGAGUACUCGUGUUUGUGUUCACAUAUCCAGCCCAGCAUAUAGACCACUCACCAUGGCUGUCAGUAACAAGUGGGCAGUGCUUCCAGACAUUGAUGCUGCACCGGAAGUAUAUGAGACACCAGAACUGGCGGACGAUGUUUCCACUGCACGGACGGGUACUCUGCGCACCAUAUCCGAGUCUCCCUCCGACGACGAAGCUCGCCCUGGCCUAGACAGACAACCGCUUGACCGGGACGGAGCAAGACGAAGAUUUGAACCUGCUCUCGUGGACGCCCGAGGAGUCGAUUUCUCGGACACUAUUGGCGGCCUUCACCGAUCGUACCGGACACGCUCAAGACGUCGCAGGAGGCACGACAAUGGCGCAGAAGAGCUGGGUGACCUGAGUGAUAGCGAAGACGAGACUUUGGGCAGGAAAUUGGCCAGAUUAAAACGAGAAGCUGAAGAAGUGAGGCUCGAAUUGGAGCGACGAGAACAGGAGAAAGAUGGUGAUGGAGAGUUCAGAGACAGCGUUGAGCAGCAACAAGGGGAAGAAGACGACGGUUUCGGUAUAGACGGUGUUGAGGAACUCAGUAGAGUGCUGGACGAGUUAAGCACCAAAGCAAGAUCCAAGACCGCCGGCUCCCUGGAAGAUGAAUUUCUGUCGAGGCUGGACUCCUCGAAACGAAACGCCGCGCAGGAUACAAGACAGCCUACGAGCACACAGCAGGAAGUCGCUCAAGCAGCACCAUCAGCGCUCUCGGCCGUGGCAGCCUUUUCAGACAGGCUCACGGCCUUGGAAUCUGCGCUGGGCAUUUCCUCUGCGAGUAACGACCCCCAGACAUCCAUUCUCCCGACUCUCGACAGCCUCUCGACGCAGAUAACAGUCCUCAGCAAUACUCUGGCACCGAAAUCCUCUACGGCGCCACCAACCACUCAAUCCAUUCCCUCGCUUGACAUUGUCUCUUCCAAACUCAAGACCCUCAUCGCCGAAUCCGACCGAUUGACCGCGUCUCGCAAACAAGCCCUUCAAGCUCUUUCAGAGCUCCACGAAUCACGUAUGCGCAACCUCAACCUCAUGUCACACACCAACACUCGUCCACGCCGCGGCUUUUCCAACGCUUCGUCCACACAGCAGCCAGCCGUUGCUGACGCAGCUGCACCAGGUGACGAGUCUUUACAAAUCCAGUCACAGCUGUUCCUGGACGAGGAAUCCUCCAAGAUUAAUGCAUUGUACCAGCUUCUACCGUCGAUUCAAAACCUUCAGCCCCUGCUGCCGGUGGUAUUGGAGCGGUUGAGAGCGCUCAGCGUGAUCCAUGCUGGGGCGGCUGAAGCGAAGAACAACCUUGACACUGUGGACAAGAGGCAGGCUGAAACGAGAGAAGAAAUCAAGCAGUGGAGACAGGCGGUUGAGGAUGUAGAGAAAGGCAUGUCUGACCUGGAGGACGCCAUGAAGGGCAAUGUCAAGGUCGUUGGGGAUAUGGUUUCGGGCUUGGAAAGCAGGAUAAGCCUGUUACAAAAAGGGAGGUGAUAUCACGUCUAUUGCGAGCAUAGCGUGAAGAUAUCAGUGUCGGAAUACCAACCAGGA